GAUAAUUCCCCAAAUCAUUGAAAGUAAGAUUCACACUCCAGCACAGUAGGUGGCGAUAGUGCAGCAAUAUUCUUGGAUGCCAACUGCCAUAAAAUCCCACCAAGGAAGAACAAAUUGCAUUGUGGGAAACGACCGCACGUUAACAUCAGUGCUUGACAUUGGGGAUACUUUAUUGCUUGAGGACAAGGUUGGUCAGUCAGGAUGGGUGCCACAAUGUCCAGUCCUGCCCCACCCACAGUCCAGGCUCAAGCUAUAGUGGCCACACCCCCUCCAGCAUUUGGUGUUGGUGUGGCGCCACCCGAGGGUUGUCCGAUGCACCAGGCACAGGAACCAGUCAAAGUUGCCCCUCCAUCUGGGUGCCCCAUGCACCAAGCCGGUGCCCCUACGGCAGACAAACCAACCACGGUCGGAGCAGUACCCCAGGGUGGUGCUCCUACAGGAGUCACUCCUCCUGCUGUUGGGCCAGUGCACCAGGACCGGGCCUAUGAGUUUGUGGGAUGUCCCAUGAAGGCUGCGGCUGCUGGACAGGGCCAGUCUGACAUCGACCCCGCUAACAUGAUGCCUCCCCCCAACCAGCUUCCUUCUCCAGAGCAACCAUUCCCUCUGCCAGUCAACAGAGAGGAGUCCACCAUUCCCCGGUCUGGGACCGAUAAGAAUUGGGUCUACCCCUCUGAACAGAUGUUCUGGAAUGCUAUGCUCAGGAAGGGGUGGCGAUGGAAGGAAGAUGAUCUAGGCCAGCAGGAUAUGUCCAACAUCAUCAAGAUCCACAACACCAACAAUGAACAGGCUUGGCAGGAGAUACUGAAGUGGGAGGCCCUUCGUGCUAGGGAGUGUCCAUGCGGUCCUUCCCUGAAACGGUUUGGAGGGAAAGCAAAGGAGUUCUCCCCUAGGGCUCGAAUGCGUCAUUGGAUGGGGUAUGAAUUGCCGUUUGACCGCCAUGACUGGAUUGUCGACCGUUGUGGGAAGGAAGUCCGCUACGUAAUUGAUUAUUAUGAUGGAGAGAUUAACAAGGACACCUAUCAGUUCUCCAUUCUGGAUGUCCGCCCAGCUUUUGACUCUAUUGAUGCAGUAUGGGAUAGAAUGAAAGUGGCCUGGUGGCGCUGGACCUCAUAACCAGCAAACAAACACACUGUGGAAUAAGGUUUUCCAUUCUUCAGUUUUGACCUUGAAGACCCAUUCAAAACCUUCUGCAAUAAUUGGACACAAACACAUGACUGUACCAGAUUAUCAUAUUCAUUUGAUUUCAGUGUAAUGUGUUCAAGGUUCUUGCGAUAUAGAUCCUUCUGGUGAAUUGUACAACAUGAUGUGCACAUGAGACAGCCAGUGGCUGACUUCGGAGUUUGUUGGAGGUAUGGUACUUCGGUUCUAUCCCCUCAGCAUUUGUAAAUGUAGUUAUUUUGCAAAGGGAGUCUAAAUUGAUUUUUACUUGUUUGGCCAGCAAGGAUGUUGAUAUUUAAACGAGGCAAAAUGCAACAUCCCUUCCUCUUUCCUUCCUUCCUGCUUUUCAUUUUUGUCAAUAUGUUUGGUUAGUUUUGCAUGUAAUGGUUUUAAAAUGUCUUAUAAGUAUAUAAAGAUGAUGACAAUACCUUAA